UGGGAUAUCUUAUACAUUUAUACAUAAGACGCUUAGGUCUAGUCUUCUCUCCUUGCUAGUGCUGAUCCAUACCCACUGGCCAGGAAGCAGUGCUGCGCCAUUCCUACCCCAUUUCCAUUUCAUCCACCAACAAACACAACAGCAAAGAAACCCCUCUCCUUUUUCGUUCCUUCCCGCCUGUUGUCAUGAAGGUAUGGUAUGGUAUCCAGCAAAAAAAAAAAAAAAAAAAAAGAGUCUGUCAUAGUCCUCCUCCUCUCAAAAUGAAAAUCAUUCAUGCGUCCAAGAAUGGACCCCCCUGCCUCCUGUUCUCGAGUGGGCCUGUGCCGGUCUAUCUCAGGGCAAUGGAAAAGCGAUGCCAUCCUGUUUUUACCGUUUCCGCCUCCUCCCAAGGAACAAGAAGGAAAAUGAAAGCCGCCCGGCCAUAUGAAGCCGGCUGAGUACAACUCAUAUAUGGGACAACACCGGAUCUCCCAGAAUCAAAUGCGAGUAAGAAAACGUGAAAAGUAAUGAAGCAGUAGGUUGACGAGGUAAGCGUUUCCUGAUUGGCCACAGGCGUGCACAUCUUUCAUCGUCAGCAUCAAGGAAUCAAAUGAAAAAUCUGAAGAACGCUGGCCGCCUUGUAUGAGAAAGAGUUUUGCCAUCCACGACCAAACAACAUUUUGGCGGCUCCAAAGUCUUGCACGCUGGUGCACCCUGAAUGCACUGCAUGCCAUCAAGCUCUCCGCCGCAC